GAGCCUGUAGGAGAGGGAAGGAACGCGGGGCCGCGGGCCGCGUCUUUAUGCCGUGGGUCUGCUGUUGUGUCGGCUCCACAGGCAGCGCCGGAAGCGCCACAGUGUGACUUCCGAGACCCUCCUGUUUUCCAAGGGGCAGCCCUCUUCCUCCUGAACCGCUCCGCCUCCGCUUCUUGUCCCUCAUCCCGAGGCCGAAGCCUCCAGUUUAGGUGGAGCGGCGCAACCCGAGCUCCCGGACCCGGAAGAAGCGCCAUCUCCCGCCUCCGCCAUGGAGCCCGUCGCGCCGUCCCUCACAGAAGAGGACCUGACUGAAGUGAAGAAGGACGCCUUAGAAAAUUUGCGUGUGUACCUGUGUGAAAAAAUCAUAGCUGAGAGACAUUUUGAUCAUCUACGUGCAAAAAAAAUACUCAGUAGAGAAGACACUGAAGAAAUUUCUUGCCGAACAUCAAGUAGAAAAAGGGCUGGAAAAUUAUUAGACUACUUACAAGAAAACCCUAAAGGACUAGAUACCCUGGUUGAAUCUAUUCGACGAGAAAAAACACAGAACUUCCUGAUACAGAAGAUUACAGAUGAAGUGCUGAAACUUCGAAAUAUAAAACUAGAACAUUUGAAAGGACUGAAAUGUAGCAGCUGUGAACCUUUUCCAGAUGGAGCCACAAACAACCUUUAUAGAUCAAAUUCAGAUGAGAGUAAUUUCUCUGAAAAACUGAGAGCAUCCACUGUCAUGUACCAUCCAGAAGGAGAAUCCAGCACGGCCCCCUUUUUUUCUACUGAUUCUUCUGUGAAUUUGCCUGUUCUAGAAGUAGGCAGAACUGAAAAUCCUAACUUCUCUUCAACUACACUUCCCCGACCUGGGGACCCUGGGGCUCCUCCUUUGCCCCCAGAGCUACAGUUAGAAGAAGGAACUUGUGGGAAUUCGAGUGAGAUGUUUCUUCCCUUAAGAUCACGUGCUCUUCGCGGCAAUGACAGUUUAUAGCCUUUUAAUUAUUUUUUUAAUAAUCACAAAAAUAUUUGAAAGGAUAUGAGUCUUUUUAUAAAAUUGCAAUAAUGACUUAUUAACAUCUGAUACAUGUCUUUUAAAAUGCAAUGUUAGCACACUUUGUAAAUAGACUUUUGGAAUAAAAGCAUACUUUUAGAUAGCUAAAAUCAUGUUGAUCAUGGUUUUUUUAGUAUUUUUUUCAUUUUUGAGGUGUUCAGUAUUUUCACUUUUUUUAUGUUUUAAGACGAAUUUUAUGAGGGAACAUUAUUUGAGAAUAGAGUCUUAGGCUGAGACUAAUUUUUUUUUUCUCAGCGCAUUUGUGGUAGAAAUUUUCAGUCUAAUAGUCCUUUCCAACCAUUCAGCAGUAAAUUUUCAGGAUUAAACUUUCUCUUCAGUAAUAAAGCCAAUCACGGAUGGGAAAACUACCA